AUGCCCGAGCCAGCGAAAUCGGCCCUCGUCCCAAAGAAGGGCUCAAAGAAGGCGGUGACCAUGGCACAGAAGAAGUACGGCAAGAAGCACAAGCACAGGCGCAAGGAGAGUUACUCGGUGUACGUGUAUAAGGUGCUGAAACAGGUGCACCCCGACACGGGCAUUUCGUUCAAGGCCAUGGGCAUCAUGAACUCAUUUGUCAAUGACAUCUUUGAGCACAUCGCGGACGAGGCGUCGUGCCUGGCGCACUACAACAAGCCCUCCACCAUCAUGGCGCGAGAGAUACAGACGGCUGUGUGCCUGCUGCUGCCCAGUGAGCUGGCCAAGCACGCCGUCUCUGAGGGCACCAAGGCUGUCACCAAGUAUACCAGCUCCAAAUAA